ACGAUCUGAUGGUAUAUAUGAUGGUGAUCGGAACGGAUCGCACUCACUUCUUCCAAAACAAACCUUUUGUCCAAGCGAAGCUAAGGCUCCGAUCGAUCGAGGACGUACGGUCGUAUAGCUGCCCAAGCAGUCUGGAGCUCAAGGCUGUGGCAGUAGAGCUAGCCUAGCUACUAGCUAGAAUCCUCUGAUCCAUGGCUUUCUACUGUGGCUCCUCCUCCUCCCUGCUGCAACACACUAGAAUCCUCCCUGUUAGUGGCAGUGUCAAGCAGUCCCGAGCCUUGUGCGGAAGCACAAGGGAUUUUAGCAAGUUUCACCGCGUGCCGGCGUCGAGGAUACGAGAGGUUCAGGCCACGCGUGGGCACGGGAUCGUCGUUUCGGCCAUCUCAUCUACAGAGCCUCCUGUGCAGAAGGAGCUCGACGAGUCUCCACCAAGGCCGCAGCAUCCGCUGCCGGCGUCGUCGUCGGCCGCCUCAUCUCCAGAGCCUCCUGUGGGAAAGGAGCCCGAGUCUCCACCAAGGCAGCAGCAGGAGCAUUCGCCGGCGUCGUGGGUAGAGCGCUGGCUCCCCGCGGCGGCGAGGCCCUAUGCGUUGCUUGCCCGUCUCGACAAGCCGGACGCCAUCUGGCUCUACGCAUGGCCCUGCUUCUGGUCAAUUGCACUAGCAGCGAACAAAGCGGAGCUCCCAGACAUGAAAAUGCUGGCACUCUUUGGUUUUGGCUCGGUUAUCUUGAGGGGCGCUGCUUGCACCGUGAACGAUCUUCUCGAUCGAGACAUCGAUAAGAAGGUUGAGCGGACAAAAAGCAGGCCUCUUGCAUCAGGUGCUCUAACCCCUGCUCAAGGAUUUUACUUCCUUGUAUUUCAGGUUCUACUAUGGCUCGGUUUUCUUCUCCAACUGAAUAAACGUAGCCUUAUUAUGGGAGCUUCUUGGCUUGUUCUGUUUUUCUCCUAUCCCCUGAUGAAGAGGCUCAUACUUUGGCCUCAGGCCUUUCUUGGCUUCACCGUCAGCUGCGGCGUUUUCUUAGGAUCCGCUGCUAUUAAAGAAAGCUUAGAUUAUGCAGUCCUCCUUCCAAUGUAUUUUGCUGGCAUGUGUUGGAUACUGGUAUAUGACACAAUAUACGCACAUCAGGACAGAAAGGAUGACUUCAAAGCAGGAGUUAAGAGCACAGCCGUAACAUUUGGAGAUAAUACCAAGUACUGGCUUAGUGGCUUUGGUGCUGCAUGCAUUAACUGCUUAGCACUCGCUGGCUACAAUGCUCACCUUGCCUGGCCCUACUAUCCUUUUCUGGCAGCUGCAGCUGGACAUUUAGUAUGGCAGGUUUCAACUGUUGACUUAUCCAACAAAUCAGAUUGCCACAGGAAGUUCGUAUCUAAUAAGUGGUUCGGAGCAUUGUUAUUUGGUGGGAUUUUAUCUGGAAUAUACUUGUAAAAUGAUAAAAGGAGAUCAUUUAAUCAAACUGCUAAGUACUCCAGUUCCUGAACUAAAUGGGAAAUUAAGGUGGAGUGAUAAGCUUGUAAGCGGAUAUACAGUUUUACCACAACUCAGAUAUGCUGAAAACGUAACCUUCCCCGCAGAGAAAGCCAAAGACCAUAAAUAUAUUUGAAAUGCAUGUAAAUUGUUCAACUGGAAUAAAUCAUAUUCCAUGUGAAGAUAAGCAACUUUGUACUAUAUUCUAGUUUGAUUCUGUGUGUAUUCAGGCUUGAACAAUUAAGAUUCACUUGUUAUAUGAUUUAUUGCAAUUCUGUGGGGACCUCCCCCACAGUUUCACUUCAAAAAAA